AUGAAGUAUUUUACUACCUUGGUCCUCGCCCUCGCCUCAGUGGCUUCUGCCGACUGGGCCCUUUACUGUGGGGAUUCCUGCACCGAUGGUACCCUCGUUGCGUCCGGCUCAACUGCCGAUUUAUCAUGCACAAGCCUUGGCGGUACAUAUGAUUACUGCUACAUUUUGGCAGACUCCAUCUACUAUGUGGACUGGUGGAAAGCGAUCUUCACUGAGAACAUUGACUGCGUUAUCUCUGGUGUUGCUGGAGGUCGCGAGAGUAAGGGGUUAUUCAAUGGCUCGUGUACAGAGGCUGGGUCCUGGAAAAGUUACAAAGUGACUGUGAAUGCCUAG